GGGAGGAGCCUGAGGGGCGGGGGGAAGGGAGAGAGGAGGGCACCGUCAGGAAGCCGCGAACGCCACCGAGCGUCUACACACCUCGCUCUGUCUGCCAUGGCUGGCUAAAGAACCAUCCGGAUCGCAGCCGGGGGGAGGGCCGGGCGGGGGGGGGGGGAGCGGCGGCCGCGCGAGAGGCCGAGGGAGGGGCGGCGGCGCGAGCGGCGGCGGCGGCGGUUCCAGCAUGAAGAGGAGAGCUGGCCUGGGGGGCAGCAUGAGGUCAGUGGUGGGCUUCUUGUCCCAGCGGGGCUUGCAUGGGGACCCCCUGCUCACUCAGGACUUUCAGAGGAGACGCCUGCGGGGCUGCAGAAACCUCUACAAGAAGGACCUCCUCGGCCACUUCGGCUGUGUCAAUGCCAUUGAAUUCUCCAACAAUGGAGGCCAGUGGCUGGUCUCAGGAGGAGAUGACCGUCGGGUUCUGCUAUGGCACAUGGAGCAAGCCAUCCAUUCCAGGGUCAAGCCCAUACAGCUGAAAGGAGAGCACCACUCCAACAUUUUUUGCCUGGCUUUCAACAGUGGGAACACCAAAGUAUUCUCUGGAGGAAAUGAUGAGCAGGUUAUCCUCCAUGAUGUUGAAAGCAGUGAGACCUUGGAUGUGUUUGCUCAUGAAGAUGCAGUAUAUGGCUUGUCAGUGAGCCCUGUGAAUGACAACAUUUUUGCCAGCUCCUCAGAUGAUGGCCGGGUUCUCAUUUGGGACAUCCGAGAGUCACCCCAUGGAGAACCCUUUUGUCUGGCAAACUAUCCAUCAGCCUUUCACAGCGUCAUGUUUAACCCCGUGGAGCCCAGGUUAUUGGCCACAGCCAAUUCAAAGGAAGGAGUGGGACUCUGGGAUAUCCGAAAACCUCAGAGUUCUCUCCUGCGCUAUGGUGGCAAUCUGUCUCUCCAAAGUGCCAUGAGUGUGAGAUUCAACAGCAAUGGGACCCAGCUCCUAGCUCUGCGGCGGCGCCUGCCCCCUGUGCUCUAUGACAUCCACUCCCGCCUGCCAGUGUUCCAGUUUGACAAUCAGGGUUACUUCAACUCAUGCACUAUGAAAAGCUGCUGUUUUGCAGGAGAUCGUGACCAGUAUAUCCUUUCAGGCUCUGAUGACUUCAACCUGUACAUGUGGAGAAUUCCUGCAGAUCCAGAAGCAGGUGGCAUUGGCAGGGUGGUCAACGGAGCCUUCAUGGUGCUGAAAGGGCAUCGGUCCAUUGUUAACCAGGUCCGAUUUAAUCCCCACACCUACAUGAUCUGCUCUUCUGGUGUGGAAAAGAUUAUCAAGAUCUGGAGCCCAUACAAGCAGCCAGGAUGUACAGGAGACCUUGAUGGUCGGAUUGAGGAUGAUUCCCGCUGCCUAUACACCCAUGAAGAGUAUAUCAGUCUUGUGCUGAACAGUGGGAGUGGCCUGUCCCAUGAUUACGCUAACCAAUCGGUCCAGGAAGACCCCCGGAUGAUGGCCUUCUUUGACUCUCUGGUACGCCGAGAGAUUGAGGGCUGGAGCUCUGAUUCAGACAGUGACCUCAGUGAGAGUACUAUCCUUCAGCUACAUGCAGGAGUCAGUGAGCGCUCAGGCUACACUGAUUCAGAAUCCUCAGCCUCACUGCCCCGCUCCCCACCUCCCACAGUAGAUGAGUCUGCCGACAAUGCCUUCCACCUGGGGCCCCUGCGGGUCACCACCACAAAUACAGUGGCACCAGCCCCGCCAACACCCACAUGUGAGGAUGCAGCCUCUCGCCAGCAACGCCUGUCUGCUCUGCGGCGCUACCAGGACAAACGCCUCCUGGCCUUGUCCAAUGAAUCUGAUUCUGAAGAAAACGCCUGUGAGGUUGAACUGGACACAGAUCUCUUCCCCCGGCCACGGUCACCCAGCCCUGAAGAUGAAUCCAGCAGUUCCAGUAGCUCCAGCAGCUCAGAGGAUGAAGAGGAACUAAAUGAACGCCGAGCCUCCACCCGGCAACGGAAUGCCAUGCGACGACGACAGAAGACACCCCGAGAAGAGAGGCCCAGUGCCCCAAUCAAGCCUACCAAUACCUACAUUGGUGAAGACAACUAUGAUUACCCCCAGAUCAAAGUGGAUGACCUCUCCUCCUCCCCCACCUCCUCGCCUGAGCGGAGCACUUCUACUCUGGAGAUUCAACCAAGCCGGGCAUCACCAGCUUCUGACAUAGAAUCCGUUGAGCGAAAGAUUUAUAAAGCUUAUAAAUGGCUCCGCUACUCCUAUAUCUCCUACUCGAAUAACAAAGAUGGAGAGACCUCCCUAGUGACAGGAGAGGCAGAUGAAGGGAGAGCAGGAACCAGCCACAAAGACAACCCAGCCCCUUCUUCUAGUAUGGAAGCCUGUCUAAACACAACAGUGCCCCAGAGGAACCAGGACCUGCCCCCUGAAGGCUGCAGCAAGGAUGCUUUUAAAGAAGGGACUUUGGCUAGAAAUCCCAGCAGUGGCCCAACCCUUGAACACAGUAGCCACCCUUGGGCAGAGGUACCAGAGGGCACCUCUCAAGACACUAACAGUGGAGGCUCUCUAGAACACCCUUUUGAAACCAAGAAGCUGAAUGGAAAGGCCCUAAGCAAGGUUCUGAGCAGCCGGGCUGAGGAGCCACCCUCUCCUCCUAUCCCCAAGUCAUCUGGUACUACUCUCAACAGCGGGUCUGGCAACUGUCCUAGGACCCAGUCUGAUGACAGUGAGGAGAGAAGCCUCGAAACCAUCUGUGCAAACCACAACAAUGGACGCUUACACCCCCGGCCCUCUCACCCCCACAACAAUGGGCAGAACUUUGGAGAACUGGAGAUGGUGGCCUACUCUUCCCCAGGACGCUCAGACACUGACCAUGAUAACUCAUCUCUGUCAGGGACUCUCCUGCAUAAAGAUUGUUGUGGGUCUGAAAUGGCCUGUGAGGCCCCCAGUGCUGGAACGAAAGAGGACCCCACUGACCCCUCAGCCACAGAUAGCAGUAGGGCUGUCUAUGGCCACAGUGGCCUCAAAAGGCACCGAGUUGAAUUGGAAGACACAGAUUCAGAGAAUUCCUCCUCAGAGAAGAAAUUAAAAACAUGACAAAUAUAAAGGGAAAACAAAAAGCUACAAAAAGUAGCCUUACGAUUUUUUUUCUUGUUUAGUGAACACAGAGGAAAGGAGAAAAAAAAAAGUAUUAAAGGCACAUAAAACCAGGGCCUGAAAUUUCGUGUCUGCUGCUGCUCCCUUGUAUUCACCAUUCACCAUUGGGUCAGAAUGUCUAGCCAGCCAUUGGCUUGUGCUGUGUUAAGAGAGGGGGAACAUCCAAGUGGCUCCUCUCUCGUGAGAUUGGGGGCAUAGUACACCUGUGCAAGGUUCUUUGAAAGGGAAUCCUUGUUGCAACGUUUGGCUUGUUCUCGUGUGUAUGUGCGCACAGUGUAUGCGAGCUCCUUGUCUCACAAGUUCUUUUAGUUGUCCAUCAGCAAGAACCUGCGGAUCUGCCAUUUUUGCCAUCUCACCUUUCACAUGCCAAUAGGAGUUAUGGUCUUAACGAUGAGCACCUGUUAGAUCAGAUUUUGCUACAAGAGAGUCAUAGAUUUAUGCUGGGGGAAUGAAGAGGAGAACAGAAAAGAGGUCUUGAGCCCACUGGCUGUGCUGGAGGGGAGAGCAUGGUUCCUAUCUUAAAGAAAUCUUCCAUGUUUUCUGUAAGGAACACUUCAUUGAGCAUUUAAUGUGGACAUGCUAAAAGUGAAGUGUUUUGAUGCUAUUGAGAGGUUGCACUUAAGAUCAGAUUUAAGAGCAUAUAAAUGCCUGAUCACUUGCACUCUGCAAGCUGAGUGGUGUGGCAAUAUGUAGUAUAUGGAGGCCAGGCAAUAUGACUAGGUAUGGAUAGCACAUUUUAGCCAUUUAGAUGCUAGUUCCCAAGAGGAACUUAGGCCAGCAGGUGAUUCCUUGGCUCCAUGUGAUGAAGUCUAAGCAUAUAGAAAGAAGGGAAAAGACAGUUCUGGAGCUUUGUGUUCAAACUACUAAAGUGGAUAUUUGAGGUGUGUUAAUGAAGAAGUGGAAUAAAGAGUGGAAUGUGGUACUGUAUUCUUUUAAUUCAACCCAAAACCACUGGUCAGAGUUGAUGGGACUAGCAUCUUCCCUCAGGCUUACAGUUGGGUUGUAAGGUUCUGACUGAACUUUGCAAAGUAGUAGGCAUCUCAAAGUGACAGAUUCUUACCAAGUAGAUCUAUUAGGCAGAGAGUGUGAAGAUCUUUGAUUUGACUCCAGGUUCCAGAAGAGACUCAGUUCUAUUGAGGUAGUAGAUAAGGAUUGAGAAAAGACCAAGAGAUUUUCAGCACUGUGUUAGUUAUAGUCCUUGGUUGACAAUGAAGAGUUAUAUAAGACAGGAAGACCAAGGAAUGACCAGAUGUUGUGUUGUAUAGAUGUCACUAAAAGCAGAAUACUGGCAAGGAAUGAAGAGAGCAAUAGUUUUCUUGAGUGCAAAGGUGCUAGACAGCUAGAACUGCAGUUGGGAGGACCUAGUGGGAGUGAGGCUAGUGUGACCUCACUGACCCAGUGUUACUUUUAGACAAGGACCUGUCCUGCUGGAACUUGGACCAAGAGGAGACCACCUGUGGAGGCUGAAGAAUGGAUGAAGUCCUGAGCUGGGGACUGGUUUAUUUAUAAAGGUGGUUGGUGUGAGCCCAAAGGAGAUAACAUCUUGCUAAGCUUUGCUGAAGGAAAGAUGUGCCUAGUAUGUGUGAUGUGGCGUAAGACAGCACUGUUUUAACAGGAGGUGGAGGAGUGUCAGUAGAGUGGGGAUGUUUAUAAUUCAACAGUUGGACUCUUACUGGGGAAGUGGGGCAGUAAUUCUGUAAUUAACAUUAGAUUACUUUGAAUUUGUAAUCAAAAUGGUUCUAUAAUUUGUCUUUGACUAUUCACAGAUAAUUGUAAAUUCUGGUUUUAUAAGCCCAAGUCAUUUUACAUUUGCUUUUCCAAAAUGUAUUAAAUUGGAAUUUUUUUAAUCCUUUAUAUACAAAAAUGAUAUAACCACUCAGUGUGUGUUUCUCUUCCCCUUCUUAGUCAGCAUACCUAAUCCUUACAUUUUAUUUUUAUCUAGUUAGCGGGUAGCCUCUUUUGACUUCUCUAACAAUACAUGUAUCUUUCUGGACAAAAAGAAGCAAAAUUCCCUUGGGAACUAGCUAUUGGUAGUUAAAGUUCCCAAAUGCAGAGCUUGGUCUUUCAGGCUAAGAACCUUUAUGUGGUUUGGGUACUUAACAGAGAAGUUCAUAAAGUUAAGAGUUCAUUUGGGAUAACGGUAGAAGUCAAGAAAGACCAUUUUAGAAGGUGGCCUUCCAUCCUUGGGACAGACUGUCCAGCAUCACGGGUUCAGCUCACCUAGAAACAGUCCCAUGCAACAAUACCCCACUGGAGCAGGCUGGAAAACGGAUGUUAGUUUUAGCUGUUCACCCUCAUUUCCAGAGAUUUUGUGUGUGUGAUCAUGGUCCUGGAAACCUGGCAGGAACUACUUCCAGGGUCCCUUUACCUUUGCCCUUGUGAAAUUGAUGCCCCAACUCUGGAAACAUAUUUAAUACCCAGAUUCUUUCAUGAGAGGUAUUUUUCCUAGCAGGGUGGAUGGCCCUGAUUAGAUUAAGAACUAUUUGGAAGUACCUCUUAUACUUUUGGGAUUUUUUUGUUUUUCUGUGCAUUCUGUACAUAAAGUUUUAAGUGGCAGGUUCAGAUAUACACAACCCUUUCUCUUUUAUCUCCCACCUGGUUUUGUAAAUGAUUCUGGAGGACAGAAGGUAAAUAAGUUAAAUGAGUUGUUGGCUUGGGGCAAAUGAAGUUUGCAAUUGUGCUCGGUUUAAUAAGCCAAGAGUCUCUUGUUGUCUGUCAAGGUGCCUUCCUCUGCUAAAGCCUUACCUCCUCACAGCCCUGCCUCUCCUCACCCAGCAAUGCUGACUAUUCUCUUGUGUAUAUGCAAAUAAACCUGUUAUUUACUCCUCCCGUCCUCCUUUUCUCUUCUGGGGAAGACUGCGUUGCUUAGACACCCCUUCUCCUUUUCUUCAUUGUGGUUUUAAUUCUUGCCCAUUGGAAAUUUGAUUCAAAGCCAAGCUGAAGACUAGCAGACAAACUCCAUAUCUAUGACAAUAGUCAGGUAUUGGGACAAAGGUCAUAUCUGACAACAAAAGGUAUAGUAAGGAGGUGGCAUCUACCUGAUCUCUUUUACUAGGCUUACAGGGACUAAGAAUAGGGAGAUCCUAGAACUUAAGGAACAAAUGUUUUCAAAUAUCAAAUUGCUUUUCCUGGCUUGUCCCAGGUGUGGAGUACAAAUUUUUUCUUUUUUUUGAAAUAGGGUCUUGCUAUAUAGCCCAGGCUGACCUUGAAUUCCAGAUCCUCCUGCCUGUGACU